AUGAGGUGGUUAAAGGCGGCCUGGCUGGCGGUGCUGGUGCUGCCAGCUGCCUCCAAGGAGCUGUCGGAGUCUCAUCGCGAGGAGAUUGUGCAGGAGCUCCCUCAGGCUCAAGAACCCGACCUCAUCAACUACGACGACUAUACGCCGGUCGGAGAAGAUGAUGACCUGACGCGUCAAGCUGAAACUGAUUUCCGCGGAUUCCAAAGCAGCACACCGGCUUACCAGAGACCACAGCAGACCAUUCGAAUUCCAGCUAGCCCCAAGUGCGUGGACAUCGGCCGCACGUGGACAGAAGGGGAGAACUGGAAACGAGACAACUGCACUCUCUGUCAGUGCCACGCUGGAAGGGUCAACUGCACCACCGUGCCUGCCUGCCGUCGAUCCACUCCACCGCCACCCGUGUUUGUCGGCGUUGGCAGUCAGGGGACUACACCAGUGCGUGGAGUGGUAGGUGUGCCUGGUGACGGGGGCCCGCCCGGCCCGCCUGGAUCCCCCGGCGUCAAUGGUGUGCCCGGGGCUCCUGGAAUACCUGGACCUGCUGGACAAAUGCCUGAUGUGAACGCCUAUCUAGCGCAAUUGGCGGCCUCGGCUGGUGGUGACAAGGGGCCUCCUUUCGAUCCCUAUCAGUACAUGCAAGCUUCAGUUGGAACUCCAGGCAUUAGAGGAAUUCCCGGACCCCAAGGACCUCCAGGUCCGCAAGGAUUUCAAGGACCAAGGGGAGAGCCAGGCGAACCAGGGCAACCUGGACAGCAGGGACCACCAGGAGAAAGAGGACCGCAAGGACUACCAGGAAAAGAUGGCUCUCCGGGAGAAGAUGGUGAACCGGGUCCUUCAGGUGCAGUGGGACAGCCUGGACCUCGAGGAACCCCGGGUAUACCUGGAAUCCAAGGACUGAAAGGACAUCGGGGCUUCGAUGGGAAAGACGGCGCUAAGGGGGAACAAGGAUUGCCAGGAGAAAAAGGACCAACUGGAAUGCCUGGUCCUAUGGGACCAACUGGACCAGCGGGCCCUGUUGGCGCUAGGGGUGAGCGAGGUCGUGAAGGUCCCCCUGGACCUCCCGGAGUGCGAGGUAUCGAUGGAGCACCAGGACCACAAGGUUUAAUGGGCAACGUUGGCAAACCGGGUUCGCCAGGAUUUCCUGGUGCUCCAGGCUUGAAAGGUGAACAGGGUAUAUCCGGACCAAAAGGCAGUCAAGGAAUGCAAGGACCACGUGGAGAAGCUGGUCGUCCGGGACAGCCUGGUGAAGUAGGAACCCCCGGCAUUCCUGGACGUGAUGGAACUCCUGGUGAGAAAGGCGUACAAGGGCAGCCGGGGGCUUCAGGGCCACAAGGAUUCCCAGGACCUAGGGGACUCCCAGGAGUAGCAGGAGAAUCAGGCUUGCCUGGAUCUAAAGGAAUGCCAGGUCAACCAGGAGAAAGAGGCCAAAAAGGUGACGGCGGAAUCAGAGGAGAAUCUGGUGCUCCCGGUCCACGUGGUUUGCCUGGUAAUAUGGGACCAGAAGGAAAACGUGGAAAAAGAGGUCUUAGAGGACCAGCUGGCAAUGUUGGACCUCAGGGCGAAAGAGGCUUACAAGGAAUGAGAGGUUUACCUGGUGCUGAUGGAUUCAUGGGGCCUAAAGGUCAGCCUGGCGAGCGAGGUGGUGUUGGAUUACCUGGAUCUAAGGGAAGCACUGGAGACCCUGGCAGGCCUGGACCACAAGGACUUCAAGGACCGCGAGGAUCUGUUGGCAGGCCCGGAAUGCCUGGCAAAACUGGACCCCAAGGUGAAAGAGGUAUACCGGGUGCUGAUGGCAGACCUGGUGAACAGGGUUCUCAAGGAAUACAAGGUCCUCCUGGUCUAAUGGGCGGACCUGGAGAAAGAGGUUUGCAAGGUGAACCAGGAAAAGAUGGUGAUCCAGGUCAGGCUGGUCCUCAAGGACCUAAAGGUGAUGCAGGUCGUGAUGGUGGCCCCGGUAUUCAGGGACCUCAGGGUGUUGCUGGUCCUCCCGGCGAAAGGGGCCCGUCAGGUCCAGCUGGGCCUACUGGCUUCCCCGGAAUGCCUGGAGCAGCUGGUCUCCCAGGUUCUCCGGGCAAGGAAGGCGAGCCAGGCAUGGCAGGACCAGCCGGCCCACCCGGCCCAGCGGGGCCUCGAGGAGAGAGAGGUUUUACUGGAGACCGAGGACAACCUGGCCAGCCUGGUAGCCCUGGAGAGAAGGGAGAAUCCGGCGCUCAAGGGCCUGAUGGACCUCCGGGUCCGGAAGGUCUCAGAGGUAGUAAAGGUCACCCUGGCUCUCCCGGGGCGAUGGGUAUGCCUGGACAGCGAGGACUUACUGGUGCGCCGGGAGAGAAAGGCGAUAGAGGUGCCGCAGGACCGCCUGGGAAUGAUGGAGCUCCAGGUCGUCAAGGAGAGCAAGGUCCCCAAGGUCCAAUAGGUCCAGUCGGACCUGCUGGAGAGCCGGCUGAAAGAGGUGAACCCGGAGCUCCCGGUAUUCCCGGAGAAUUAGGUGCCCCGGGAUCACCCGGAGAACGAGGCCAACCCGGGCCACAGGGCUCACCUGGCCUGUCUGGGCCACCAGGUCUUACUGGCAUGCCUGGUGCUAAAGGUGAAAGAGGUUACUCAGGAGCUAAAGGACAGCAAGGAUCAUCUGGAAGCCCAGGUGUGCCCGGUGAGACUGGACCGCGUGGUCUGCCCGGCAUAGCUGGUGCCAAAGGAGCUCGCGGUGAUCAUGGACCAAAAGGCGAAACCGGACACGUUGGCUUGCCUGGAAGACCGGGAGACUUGGGACCGCCGGGUCCACAAGGAAACACAGGGCCGGCUGGAGCUCCCGGUAUCCCAGGCGCUAAAGGAGCGACAGGCGACUCAGGCCGUCCUGGUGCCCCUGGUCCUAUGGGCCUGACUGGUGCUCAGGGGGCUGAAGGACCGAAAGGUGAAAGAGGAAGUGAAGGUGAACCCGGUUUACAAGGACCCACUGGUCCGGCCGGAGCAGCUGGCGAGAGAGGACCGAUAGGAUUACCUGGAGUGGCAGGCCCACCAGGACCCCAAGGACUUAGAGGCGCACAGGGUGAAAGUGGUGCACCAGGAAAACCAGGCGCUGACGGUGCUCCCGGUCAAGCAGGAUCUCCGGGUCCACAAGGGCCACCUGGACAAAUGGGAGAGUCAGGCCCAGAGGGUCGCCCGGGCAAACAAGGUCAGCCGGGUAUUUCGGGACGACCGGGCGACAAGGGACCCAUGGGACCACAGGGCGCUUCUGGACCUGCUGGACCACCGGGAUUGCAGGGACCACCUGGCCCAUCGGGACCCUCUGGACCAACCGGCGAACGAGGACCUAGAGGAGAAAGUGGGCCCCCUGGAGUUGACGGCCCUCAAGGUCCACCUGGCAAAGCUGGACCUCCCGGUCUUGACGGAAUUAAGGGAGAGAGGGGCGAGGCUGGUGCUGACGGAGCUAAGGGCCAUGCUGGGUUACCAGGUCUUCCUGGUAUGCUUGGAGCUCCGGGAAGGGCUGGUGAAAGAGGCUUACCUGGACCAAUGGGACCACCAGGAAAAGAUGGCGAUGUUGGACCACGAGGUACACCUGGUCGUGACGGCAACCCUGGCCUACAAGGUCCACCGGGAGUGCCUGGAGGUCGCGGUCCCCCUGGAGAGGCUGGUAGACAUGGAGCCACUGGACCUGCGGGUCCUCCCGGACCUCCCGGGCCACCUGGCGAAGGCCUGGCUUAUGAUGCUGCUGCCCUCGCUGCUAUGUUACAACAAGGUUCCGUGAAAGGCCCCGAUCCAAUGGGUGAUGACCCCAACUCGCUUCCACCCCGCUUCUUCAAGGAAGACAUGACAGCAGCUGAACGCAAGGAGGUCGUGAUGAAGGCAUACGAACGUCUGAAGGUGUCACUCGACAAGUUCCUGAAACCAGAUGGCUCUAAGGAGGCACCUGCUAAGACCUGUGGAGACAUUAAAUACCACCAUCCUGAAUUUGAAAGCGGACAAUACUGGAUCGACCCGAACGGCGGUGACAUAAAUGAUGCGAUCAUUGUACACUGUGACAUGGAGGCUGGAGCAAGCUGCGUGUUCCCCAAGCCCAUGCAGUCGAAGGAUAUCGCGUAUGAUGGAGAGGAACAUGAGCCCUGGCUUAGUGAAAUGGAUGAUGGAUUCACGAUCACCUACAAGGCAGACCAUACACAACUCACAUACCUGCAGCUGAUGUCUUCGACCGCAGUGCAGAACGUGACCUUCCAUUGUCGCAACACUGUUGGCUAUUACGAUCCUGCGACAAAUAACUACAGACGCGGCAUCAAACUGUUGGCUUAUAACGACGCUGAGAUUCUGCCUAAAGCCAAUAAUAGGCUGCGGUAUAAGACUCUGGUGGAUGAAUGUCAAUACAAGAGAUCUUCCUGGGCGCAGACCAUCGUUGAAUACCGCACUGACAAGCCCGGCCGUCUCCCACUCCUGGACGUAGCUGUUCGCGACGUCGGCAGACCACAUCAGAUGUUCAGAGUAGAACUGGGAUUGGCUUGCUUCAGCUAAUCAUUUCACAACAGUAUGUAAACUUCGUCAACAUUUAAAAUGAACGGCUAAAUCGACCAAAGAGUAUACGAUAUUUGAAUUUGAAUUACGAAGCUUUCUGUAAAAUGUCUAUUAAGCGUCUGUGAUUGGAUGAUUUACAGUCGUUCCCAAUAUUCCGUCUAUGUGUUAAUUUCUUUACUAGAGAUAGGAAUUUGACAUAAAAGCACCAUACAAGUCAUGUCAUAUUCCUACUAUAUAGUAGGAAAAUCAACAGAAAGAAUUUUGGGAACUGCCGUUAAAUUAUAACAUAUCACAGAAGUUGUGAUAACCAAUAGCUUUGUUUAUGGAAAACUGCUUUUACCUAUACUAUACAAAAAAGACACAAGCGAAAAAUCAAUGACGUACCUAUAUUUGUUACCCUUGCAUUUAUAAUGAUGGAACUUACUAUUUUUAAGGUUACUUACAUUUAAGAUCUCAAAGAAAUGUCUCCAGCGAGGCUACGAAAUAUUCACUUUGUACUGAAUUAUUGUCAAAAUGAUAAUUUGUGCAAUCUAGUGAAUGACACUGCCAUAACUAGCAAUACUAGCAUUUAUUACAAAAUAUG